CCUGGUUUGUUUAUUAAAUCACGACCGUCGUGAACUAGACUUUACGUACGGCUUCCUAGCUUUACGAUGGCAACAAGCAUGGCGGCUGCUAGUGGUAGAUUUGAAAGUGCGAAGAGUAUCGAAGAGCGGAAAGAACAGACCCGGAAUGCCAGAGCCGAGGUGUUGCGCCAGGCUAAAGCCAAUUUUGAAAAAGAAGAAAGGCGUAAAGAACUUAAGCGACUUCGGGGUGAGGACACAUGGAUGCUACCUGAUGUGAAUGAGCGAAUUGAACAGUUCUCACAGGAACACUCUGUGAAGAAAAAGAAGAAAAAAGACAAGCAUUCAAAAAAAGCAAAGAAAGAGAAGAAAAAAAAGAGCAAGAAACAGAAAUAUGAAAAAAACCAUGAGUUAUCUGAUAGCUCAUCAAGCUCUGAAGAUGAGUGGGUUGAAGCUGUUCCAUCCCAGAUUCCUGACAAGGAAAAGGCCUGGAAAGUGAAAGAUGAAAAGUCACAAAAAGAUGACAGCCAAAUUAUGAAGAGGGAUGAGUGGAUGACUGUUGAUUUUAUGUCUGUUAAAACUGUGUCGUCCUCAUCACUCAAAGCUGAAAAGGAAACUAUGAGGAAAAUAGAGCAAGAGAAAACCCAAGCACUUGAACAGUCCAAACUGAUGGAAAGAGAAUUGAAUCCGUACUGGAAGGAUGGAGGGACAGGUCUUCCACCCGAAGACUGUGGUGUGUCAUCGAUUACUAAAGUUUCAGUGGUAGAAGAUGGUGGAUUAAGCUGGCUAAGGAAGUCUUAUUUAAGAAUGAAGGAACAAGCUGAGAAACAAAAUAGAAACUUUGAGGACAUUGUAGCCGAAAGAUAUGGGUCAAUGGAAGUAUUUCAGUCAAAAUUAGAAGACGCUGAAAAAGCUGCAUCCAUGAAAGAAGAUUAUGGACGAGAACGGUGGAGGAAACCCACAUAUUCAGAUAAAGCAAAAAAUAGUCAAGAAAGUAGAAAAUCAGACUUAGUAAAAUAUGAUAACAGUUCAUGUGAUAGAUAUGCUACAGCAGACUCUGCAAAAAAUAGCAAUAAUGUUAAAUUUAUUGGUGAUGAAAAAGAUAAGAGACCUGGGUCUUUAGAAACAUCUAGAAGAGAAUCUAACCCAAGGCAAAAUCAAGAGUUUUCUUCUGGAAAUUUGAGAGCUAAAUUCUUGAGACCCUCUGAUGAUGAAGAACUGUCAUUUCACAGAAAGGGUAGAAAAUUUGAACCAUCUAGUUCAUCUUCACUAUUGGUAGCUCAGGGUUCUUUGCAUAGUGGUUUCAGAAAACCCAUCGAGAACAGUGAAGAAAGAUUAACAUGGAGUCACUCUGAUGGGAAAGGAGACAAGAAACAUUCAAAUCAAAAGCCGCUGGAAACCAGUACCAAUGAAUACCAACACAUUACAGAAGAUAGGAGAGAAAAAUCCCAAGACGAAGGCUUCAGAGAUGACCCUCCAAAUAAAUAUCUGCAGGACACAAAGUCUACAUUUGCUGGCAGUCCAGAGCAUGAGUCCAUUCACAUCCUGAGUGUUGAUGAGAAGAACAAGUUGGGAGCCAAGAUUAUCAAAGCAGAGAUGAUGGGGAAUAUGGAAUUAGCUGAACAACUUAAAGCUCAACUUGAAAAGGCAAAUAAAUUCAAAGAAACUGUAAUGCAGAUACCAAAAAAAUCUGGGGUAGAGAAUGAAGACCAGCAAGAAGUAAUCCUUGUCCGAACAGAUCCGUCUGGUAGAGUAUGGCCUGUGAACACACCAGGAAAAUCUCUGGAAUCACAAGGAGGAAGAAGAAAGAGACAGAUGGUUUCAACCCAUGAGGAAAAAGAAAGGGUCAGAUACUUUCACGAUGAUGAUAAUUUAAGCCUAAAUGAUUUAGUCAAAAAUGAAAAGAUGGGAACAGCAGAAAAUCAAAGCAAGCUCUUUAUGAGAAUGGCAUCUAAGUUUAUGGGAAAAACAGAUGGAGACUAUUAUACCCUGGAUGACAUGUUUGCCUCCAAAGCAGCUGAGAGAGAACGUCUUGGUGAAGAGGAAGAGAACCAGUGGAAAAAAGCUAUUGCUGAGCAUCGGAGUCUUGCUGCACAAAUGGAAAAAUGUCUGUAUUGUUUUGACAGCUCUCAAUUUCCCAAGCAUCUUAUUGUUGCAAUAGGUGUUAAGGUUUAUUUAUGUUUACCCAAUGUACAGUCUCUUACUGAGGGGCACUGCCUGAUAGUCCCUUUGCAGCACCAUAGAGCAGCUACUUUACUGGACGAAGACAUCUGGGAGGAAAUCCAGAUGUUCAGAAAAUCAUUGGUAAAGAUGUUUGAAGAUAAAGGAUUGGACUGCAUCUUUUUAGAAACUAAUAUGAGCAUGAAGAAACAGUAUCACAUGGUUUAUGAAUGUAUUCCUGUCCCCAAGGAAGUGGGUGAUAUGGCUCCCAUCUAUUUUAAGAAAGCCAUAAUGGAAUCUGAUGAAGAAUGGUCCAUGAACAAGAAGUUGAUAGAUCUCUCUUUAAAAGAUAUCAGAAAGUCUGUACCCAGAGGGUUACCUUACUUCUCUGUGGAUUUUGGCCUUCACGGAGGGUUUGCCCAUGUAAUUGAAGAUCAGCAGAAAUUCUCUCAUUACUUUGGAAAGGAAAUCAUCGGUGGGAUGCUGGAUAUAGAACCACGACUUUGGAGGAAAGGCAUCCGAGAAAGCUUUGAGGAUCAGAGGAAAAAGGCACUGCAGUUUGCUCAGUGGUGGAAACCAUAUGACUUCACCAAAAGUAAAACCUGUUGAGUGUACCUUCCAUUUUAAAAUUUCUCUUCAGAUCCCGGACUCUUAACAUUGGCAUCAUCAGGAAGAACUUCAAAUAGUAUUAUUGGUCAGCGUCUUCUGGAAGUUUCUGCAGGUUACACAUCAACUUUUCCCUGACAAAAUAAUUUUGCAUCUAGAAACACAAGCAAGUAGUCAAAGAAGUUAUAUUGGAAAUAAGAGAUGAAUUACUGAAGGAAAAAAGCGAAACCAAGAAGCAUUUGGUGAAAUUCAGGUAAUGUCUUCAGAUGCCAGAGGACAAAGAAAUGUCCCAAGAGCCAUUAACAUGAUGUUAAAGAAACUUAUGCUGGUGUUCUUAUACCUUUGAAGUAAAUGUGAUUGAGAUGGCUACCUUAAUUUUUUUAAGUAUAAAUUGUUCAUUCUCUUACGUACUUUAGCAUACUAGUGUUCUUAUGAAAAUAUGAAACUUAGCCUCAAGUUUAACUUUAAAUAUAAAACACAUAGUAUAUUUAUAUUUCUGCUCUUUAUUUUCUAAAGUUAACUCAGUUAAGAACUUUCCAUAAAGGUAUUUGGACAUGGGCUUUAGCCACUUUUUAGAACAAAUAUUGUGAAGAAUGUUUUAUUACAUGACAUUUUAUGAUGUGAGUCUUUGUAUUAGUAAACAUCCUAGAUCGUACACUUCAAUAUAGAUUUUUUAAAUGUAUAGUUAUACUUGUGCAGGAUACUAUAAAAUGAAAAUUACUGUUCACAUGUGAAUAUUUCAUUAUUUAGUAAUUUUACAUGAGACUAUUACUGCUUGAAAGAAUAUCAUGUAUGUCUAAAACUGAUUGUUUGUUUUAUAAUUUGUAUACUAAUUUUAAGAUACUAUUGUGUAUAUUUCCUUCACUUAUUUUAAUUUCCAUUUUCUACUGCAUUUCUACCAAUAUAAAAAACAUAAAUAAUUCAGUCGGUUCCUUUCUAGAGGGAAAAUUUGUUGCGAGUAUAGUACUGGGAAUCAUGUGCUCUUCCCUUUGUGGCUUUGAAUAAAACCCUUAUUUUCUUGUCCA